AUGAUGACAGUUCGGCCACCUGCUUUCACUGAGUUCCUUGGGAGAAAAUUCCUUGGUAUCAAGACUACUGGAUCUUCACCCAUCAAAAGGCUACCUACACCCUUGACUAGGAGUUUGAGAAGAAAGUAUACUGUUAAAUUGCAAGUUUUGACCCGCACAAUCUACACCCAAACUACAUAUAAGAAAUUUCAAGGAUUCUCUACUGUAUUGGGUGAAGAUUUUUCUGGACGUCAACAAUUUUUGGCCAACACUCUUCUUGGUCAAAGUCCCUUCACUCCGUUUACAGGUUUCUCAAAGAAGACUUAUACAGGUCGCUACAGUUUUAUAACCAGAACACUUUUUGGAACAGGCUCCGUUGAUGUCACCACUACACCUGCUCUGGAUCAUCCUUCACUGACAUCCCAAGAAACAGACAUCAAUAUCUCUCCUCCAGUUGGGGACAAUUCUACUCCACCUUUGGAUCCAUUGGAUACUCUUAUAAUCCCAGAAAGCCCUGAGGAUCAAGGCAACAUUACACCUGGUCAGCCCCUGGAUGUCAGUGCAGAUACUUCAACUCCAGGAGAUUUUGUACAACCAACAACUAGUGAGGUUGAUACCACUGUCACACAAUCAGUUGAAAAUAUAACCACUGUCAUCAAUACUUCUGAGGUUGUACCACCCAAGUCCCCAUCCACCCAACCCACAUCACCUGCACCAGACAUUGUCCAGAACACAAACAAUUCUACACAAUCAAAUCAAGAUACCACUCUUCCACAAUCAGGUGAUAAUUCAACCUCAGACACAAAUACUUCUCAGAAUGUGCAAUCUGAACCAAGACCGGACCAACCUGCAACACCUGUACCAGACGUUGUUCAGGACCCAGAUAAUUCUACACAAUCAAGUCAAGAUGCUGCUGUUACACAGCCAGUUGGAAGUGAAAUAUUGGUCACCAGUACUUCUGAGAUUGCACAAUCUGAUUCACAAUCUGUGCAGCCUACACCACCUGUAACAGAUGUUGUGGAGGACCCCAAUAAUUCAACACAGUCAAAUGAUUAA